AGAACAGUUGUUACCAUACGCCUUGAGGCUGUUUGAUCCUGUCCUUCGCCGUCGUCGUCCUCGUUUACUUCGUCGUUACGCCGCCACUUCUGCCCUUGAGCUGUUCUGUUCAGACACUAGGACAUUCACCGAACUAGCUCAACGACAUGCAGACGAUUAAAUGUGUAGUAGUGGGUGAUGGUGCCGUGGGCAAGACUUGUUUGUUGAUUUCUUACACAACGAACAAAUUCCCGAGCGAAUAUGUUCCGACUGUUUUCGAUAACUACGCGGUCACCGUCAUGAUUGGCGAAGACCCGUACACGCUGGGUCUUUUCGAUACCGCCGGUCAGGAAGAUUACGACCGUCUUCGCCCACUAUCAUACCCGCAAACGGAUGUCUUUCUCGUUUGUUUCAGUGUGACGUCGCCGGCUUCGUUUGAAAACGUUAAGGAAAAAUGGUUCCCAGAAGUACAUCAUCACUGUCCUGGUGUUCCAUGCCUUAUCGUUGGAACACAAGUUGAUCUUAGGGACGACGGUCAAGUAAUUGAGAAGCUCGCUAGACAGAAACAGCGUCCCGUUUCAAGCGAGCAGGGUGAACGGCUUGCUAGAGAGCUGGGAGCUGUCAAGUACGUGGAGUGCUCAGCCUUGACGCAGAAAGGCCUAAAGAAUGUAUUCGACGAGGCUAUCGUCGCUGCCCUGGAACCUCCGGUGGUUAAGAAGAGAAAUAAAUGUAUUAUCGCCUAAUGGGUAUUUACUAGUCCAUGACGGGGAUUACAGUGUCACUUCUUUGUUUACGAUCACCCUGACGCUUUGAUGUGCCUCAUAUAUCCUUCUCAUUUCUUAUGUUGUUUCUCACUUAAGUCAGAAUUCCAUCCCAUCCAGUACUUGUUAUGUUGCUUCUCGGUAGGGCUAUACAGUGGAACCGCUCUCGAGACUCGUAUUUUCCUGUCUUUCUUCGUAAUGGUGUGUUCCCCAGUUGUAGUCAUAUUGUCGGGAAGUUAGUUGGGCACUGGUGGGAAUUUAAUAUUCGUAGCAGGGAUUCCUUCCUUCUAAACUUCAUAACUACAACAUAUAAUACGGCAUUGAUGAUUGUCGCAGCUGUC